AUGGUUGGGAUCGUGAGGAUCGCUGUCGCACUGAUGGUAAUGGCUGCAGAGAUCGAUGUGUCGAUGUCUGUCCGUAUUUUCGAAGAGUUGACGCAGCCACAACCGAAACCGCACGGUUUUCUAUCGAUGCAGAUGCGCACCGGGGUUAACGUCUUGACUGGUCAUCCUGGGACGAAGUCUUGGCAACGCUCGUAUUUUUAUGUCAGAGCUAACGGUGCUGCCUUUGAAGUUCCUCCAACCGAAAGCUCUCGUGUUUUGUGGAAUCCCAAAAUUGUUGCUCACCCGAACAUCGCCAGUCCUCAGGAUGAUUUCUGGAACGAUCUUCUAAAGGUCAUGGUGCUUGAGGAGCAAGAAUGGGCGAGCUUCGAUCGUCAAAGGGUCGAUCGCCAGCGCGAACGUAUCGCAAGAGCUGAUUGGUCGAUGGACGUUCCGUGCUUGGUAGGACCCGGAAAAAGGCUAAAGCUUCCACUUAUGGGGAAGGCUCCGAAAGCGUGCCCAAGUUACGGUGAGAUUCUUCGCGCCCAAUUGAGGGGGAAGAGCUUUGGUUCUACGUCUGUGCCCGAGAAGAAGGAAGCUGAGCUUCAGGGGUCGCUGGUAGGAGUGACGACGACUGUUUCUACCGAUCCGCUGGUCGAGGUGCAAACGACGGGCAGAGUACUCCAUCGAGCUCGUCCGCCCAGUGUCCCUUCUUGA